AUGGUAGGGGUUGCAGCACCUGAAGAUGCUGAAGAUGAACGUCCUCAGCGUUCAAGGUGCUCUGACUCAGUCAGAAAUUUGUUCGAGUAUGUGGAUGAGGACGGGGAGAAGAAGGAUCGUCUUACUACUAGUUUGCUGAUACUCUCAGUUGUAAUCAUAGAUACGUCAUUCGAUGCAGCGUCGGGGAUACCAGAUGGAGCAGUGGCUCUUGUCAACAACCUCUGUCUCUCAUUCUACACCCUCGAGAUGCUACUCAAAUUCCUUGCCUACGGGAUCCUCCGGAGACCGGACGGCUACCUCCGGACGUACUGGGGCCUGUUGGACUUGGUUGUCCUGCUGUCAGCGUAUCUCACCAUCAUCAUCUCGGCAGCUGCUGGCUCUGGAUACUCGGGAGGAGACGUGAGGAUCCUGAGGAUCUUCCGCACGUUCCGUUUGUUGAGGACGGCUCGAGGACUUGGGAGUUUGAAGAUCCUGAUACAGUCGUUCGCCGUGUCCGCCAUCCGCUUGCUCGGGAUCUUGCUGGUCUCUGUAUUCUUUGUCUUCAUCUCAGCCAACGUGGGUCACAACUUCUUCGGGCUGAGAUCAAAGCUUCGGUAUUACUGCACGGUAUCGAUUGCGGACGGCGAGUCCACCGAGGUUGUCCUGCCGGUCCGGCAUUGCAGGGGCGGCAGCAGGUUCAAUUUCGACUUGUUCGCAGGUGGCAGGAGCUGCUAUGCGGAUGAGAUAUGCGAGAGAUCGUACUCUCUUCCCUCCAUCAACCCCCUGCUCAGUUUUGAUGACAUAGGAAGUUCGAUCAUGACGGUUGCGACCUUCCUGUCCCACUACUUCGAGGGAGAAAUCCUCAACCCCACCAUCGACGCAGCAGGGCAGUCUGCCAUGAUCUACUUCUUGGCGUUGACAGUGCUGGGAUCGAUCUUGCUCGCCAACUACUUCCCUGCCAUCUACGUCUUGUGCUACCUGGAGUGCAAGGGGAGAUUCAAUCAGACCGGCGGGGUCCUCCUGACAUCGCCGGGGCAGGAAAACAUGUCUGCCAAGAGGAUCUCGACGCGGUCAGAAGGGGAGAAGGACGCACUGGUGCUGCAUGUAGAGGAAGAGCAGAGGAAAACUCUGGUCGGCAGGAUCAAGCUCAUGUGGCAAAGGAUGGACGCGAGGCUGAGGUCGCACAGGCAGGUCAACAUCGAGGUGAGGGAGAGGAGGUCGUUUUCCUUGCUCGAUCUCGUCCUCUUGUCCCGGACCCUGUGCGGCAAGCUGAUUGUGUUCCCGAACUCCUUCCAUCCCGACAAGAACGUCGAUGACUUUGCUGAGAUCUUCGCAUGGCAUUCGAGAAUCUCCGCCUUCUCCAAGACCCCUCUGUUCAGCUACCUCCUUUCCGGGCUCGCCGGGCUGCAAGCUCUGAUGAUCUGCAUCGUCAACAAGGACAUGAGCGCGAGCGAGAGGAGCAUCGUCAGGGUGGUCGAAGACGUCACAGUCAUCCUCUUCGCUCUCUCGCUCCUCUCCCAGCUGUUCGUCUUCAACUUCAACCCGCGGUACUUCUGCUACCCGCUCAACCUGUUCGACUCGUUGGUGACGAUUCUGAGCCUCAUCGGGGUCAUCUCCGGCAUUGAUGGCCUUCGCACGAUCCGACUUCUUCGCUUCCUCCGCCUCUUCUCUCACCUCCACCUGCUCCCUGACCUCAACAGUUUGCUUCACUUGGGGUUGAGGAGAGGCACUGGCAGCGCUACCAUCGCCAUCGCCUUUGCUUGGAUCGUCUACUCACUGGUCGGGCAGCAGCUGUUCCCUGUGACGCCCUUGCCGAGGUUUUCGUCGCUAGGAGGGGUAGAGGAAUACUUCUCCUCGUUCGGAGGAUCUUUCCUCAUCGUGCAGCUUCUAAUGACAGGAAACAGCAUAUUCUCUCUCCUCGUCGAGGGCAGUUCAGUGACAGUUGGAAUCGUCCCAUACCUGAUGAUCGGAAGUUUUGUUUUCAAGCUCAUCAUCAUGAAAACUUUCCUUGCUGUCUUGAUCGACAACCUCGAGACAGACGACCGAGAGAAGGUCUCUCGUCAGAUCUACCUGCGCGACAAGAACAAGCGGGAACUGCAGGAGGAGUCCCGACGACAGAUCAUGCUGAAGAAGAUAACCAGCACAGCUCACUUCCACUUCAAGAGCUACUCCUGGGCGAAGUUUCAGAUGCAGGCAGGGAGCAGGGGGAUCAACGACUCGUCUCCUGUCCUCCACUCUUGUCUGGUCUAUUUCGGUUGGCACCUUUCAGAUGCGGUCGGUCAAAAGGGAUGGAUGGAGAUGAGAGAAGAUGGUUCUAUCGGCAUCUAUGCCCUUGUGGGAGGGACCAUGACACGACCGUACGGACGAUCUGUGUACGAGAUCAACACAAACCAUGCGACCGUCAUUGCGCAAUCUUCAGCUCGUAGAUUGGUCAUCUCUCAGCCCUCUCAAUUCUCCCUUGUCUUGCAACCUGACUCCUCGCUCCUCUCCAAAAUGUACAACAACAACCUCCACCGCGAAGUCCUCGUCUUCCUCCCCAGCCAGGACGCCCUCGUGCUUUGGCUGCAACGCCUGGAGGGAGGAGGGGCGAGGAUGUCCGAGAAGCAGCAGGUUCUGCUGGAGAUGUGCUGCUACGAUCACGGUCAGAGCACCCAGAUGGGAUUCUCCCCGGAGGAAGUGAAGAGUGACGGGAGGAUCGAGAGCGACGUGCUGGACUCGCUGCGCACAGGAGGAUCGUUGAUGGCACGAGCUCUGACGGACCUUGCCCUGAGCUUGCAAACUGACCUGCUAACGGAGGAACAUCACGAGGACGAGGUUCGAUGGCAGCAGAAGCCCCUCCGAAGGCUCUUCAAGAGCGAGGUGUAUGAGACCGUUAUCAGCAUCUGCUUCCUCCUCUGGGUCCUUAUCACCAUCUUUGACACCGAGACCAGCGAGGCUCUCCUCCUCCUCACCCCAGCCGAGACCAUCCUGGUCGACUGCCUCUUCACCUCCCUCCUCCUCCUCGAGACCUGCGCCAAGGCCGUCACCUUCGGCGUCGUCUCAGGCUCCAAGGAAGCCAUUCUUCGCUCCAUGUGGGGCAUUAUCGAGUUGCUUUCUCUCCUCGCCAUCCUCGUCGACCUCAUCAUCCGCUUCGCCUCCUCCAAGGAGAGCGCGAGGAGCCCUGACCUGACCUUCCUCCGCAGCAUUCCCAUCCUCCGCGUCAUUCGACCCAUCGCAGGCCUGAAGCGCUUCCAUGCUAUCCGAGUCUUCCUCGACUCCUUGUGGAGGGCCAAGAGUAUCAUGCUGCAGACCUUCUUCGCCGCGAUCCUCCUCUCCUUCACCUGCUGCGCCAUCUGCUCUGACCUCUACUGCGGCAAGCUCGUCCUCUGCAACGACCAAGGGAGACCGGAGGACGCGUGCCUCGGUACCUUCCAGGGCGAAGCCAUCAACUACAGGAGCGGGCCUCUGCGCUGGAGCAAGAUGCAGGCAUUUGUAGAGGAGGAAGGCAGGAGUCUGAUCCUGAAACCUCGAAUGUUCUACUCCGCCGACAUGAACUUCGAUGACUUUGUGAACCUCGCCCGCACCAUCGGCGUCAUAUCCUGCCCCUUCGGAGAAGGCUGGUUGCAGCUUGUGGAAGACCUCAUGUUGGUCAAGGGCGACUUCAUCCAGGAUGGCCCCAAGAACGUAUCUGCCGGGCUCCCCGUCAUCGUCGUCGUCCUCUUCAUGCACAUCCUCGUCUACAACCUCCUCAUCGCCAUCCUCAUCCGCACCCUCCGCCAGAUCGACGGGCUCGCGUUCCUGACCUCCGACCAGCGCAGCUGGAGGACAACCAUCAGACUGGUGAGGAGAUCAGCGAGGAUCUUCAUCUCGCAGAGCAAGAGGAAGUCGAAGAGAGGAUCUAGGAUGCUCCAGUCUCUCGCCUCCUCCCGGGAGUUCCGAGCCGCUGUCGACCUCCUGCUCCUUCUCAACGUCGUCCUCCUCGCCCUCAACAGCUGGGACGGCAGGGGCCUGGCCACGGCCUGCAACGUCUUUGUGAUCCUCCUCGCCAUGGAGCAGCUCAUCCAGCUCGGCGCCUCCUCGCUCGACCUCUUCAACCGCGCCACCACCUCCUUCGACUUCGUCGUCACCAUCAUCAGCUGCGUCGAGUGCGCCAUGAACGGGAGGGGGAGCGUGAUCUUGGUCCUCCGCUCCCACUCGCUCAUCCUUGCUGUCGUCCGGCUCCGCUCCUUCAUCCCUUCCCUCUCCGAGCUCCACGACGUCCUCGCCAGCUUCAAGCACUGCUUGCAGGUAAGCUUCGGCUGCCUCGUAUUCCUCCUCGUCUUCAUCGCCGUCUUCUCCAUCAUCGGCAUGCAGAUCUUCUCUGACGUCAAGGCCAACUUGUCUGGCAUCACUCCCUCCUCCAAUUAUAUCGACUUUCCCAGCUCCUUCCGCACAAACUUCCAGCUCGCCCUCGGCGCCCCCUACCUCCCCGUCCUCUUCGCCCUCACCGUCAUCCCUCCCAGCUGUACCCCCGACCCCUCCGUCCAGGGCACGCUCCUCCUCAACGCAGGGGUCCACGGCAACAAGCUCGAGAUCGCCACCACGGGCCAGCUGGUAUCUAGCAAGGGAGACUGCGGUACUCUGCAGGCCUGGAUCUACCUGCUGCUGCUGAUCGGAGUUUGCCGGGUGUGCAUCAUGCCGCUCUUUGUGGCGAGCGUGAUCUCUGCACUGAUGGAGAGGAUGGACGACCAGCGAUGUCUGGUGGACGGGAAGCAGAUGAGCAUGUUCGAGGAGGAGUGGCUGGUGCUGGACCCGCAUCGUAAGGUGAGUUUGCGGUAUCGUGGUUCUGUCUUGUCGCGAUCUUUCAAGAGCGACUGGUCUACGUUCGACGACUUCUGGAGCAACAUGGUGGAAGGGUCGCAGAUGCGGGAGGAGGAGACGAAGGCGAAGGCGACGAGGCGCGACGAGGGAGGACAGGAGGAGGACAGCAAGACAAGUCUGCAGGACGAGCAGAGCAGCAAGAUGUCGGUGGAGGAAGAUGAAAAGUAUCAGAGGGCGGGAAGGAGGAGGAGAAUGGAGCUCACGUACGAGGAGGUUCUGAUGACGCUGAUCGCGCUGGAGAAGUUCCCGUCAGUCCUGCCCAUCGACCUUGAGCUGAAGGCGAAGGAGGUGCAGGAGAAGAUGAAUCUCGUGCUGUCGGAGAUGACUGCAAACCAUGAGAGGAGGAUGAUCGGCGCCAUGGAGAGAAUCAAGAGCAGCCUGCUGCUGGCCGCUGAGGAGAGUACGAUGGCGCUGAUGGUAGAGAGGGACCUGUCGUCCUUGGACGCUGCCAUGGCUGCGAAGUUGGCGAAGAUUGAGAGCAAGAUGCGGAGCGUGAAGAACUUGAAAGACAAGGUUCAUUCGUGGGAAGAUAUCCACAACAUUCUCAAGCGAAGGAUAUUUGUACAUAAUGGAAGCGAUCCAAAGCUCGACCCUGCCUGGGUCCUCCUCUGCAAGGGCAGCUGCUCCUCGGGCAAGACGGGCCUUCUCCAUGGAGCCGAUGCAGACUACUGGAGGAAACACCUGCUGGAGGGGAGGAGGUGGCGGCUGACGGAGCAGGACGAGAUUGCGAUCGCGAUCCCCAAGAAGAAGGAGCGACUUAUGUCCCUUGUUACGGUCCUGGAGGACGCGUCGCUGCUGCCCGAGGAGGAGGAGGAGGAGGAGGGGGCGGCGAAGCAGCUGCCGGGGCAGCACGUGGAUGCAGAGCUGGAAGAGCGCUGGGAGGGAGCAGGGAGAGAGACAGAGGAGGACUCGAGCUCCGUCGUCUCCGUUCGGUUCCUGCGGAGCUCGCAGGGCGGGCCCUUCUUCCUGCCCUUCCACAAAGAGUGGCUGGAGAGCGUGAAGUCAAGGGAGGGGGAGGAGGGGAGGGAGGGGGAGGAUGGGACCGAGGUCCUGCCGAGCGAGCCGGUUUUUCCUCCCGCCGAGUCCAUACGCGCUGCCCUGGACCGGUUCACCAACCUCAACUUGCGCGAGCAGAAACCGUCGCUCCUGCUCUCCCGCCGGCAUCCUGACGACCAAGAGGGCAACGGGAGGGAGGAAGAGGGGGGAGGGAUCAGCGUAUGA